AGUCGUGGAGGCAGAAGAAGAAGAAGAGGAGGAGGAGGAGGAGGAGGAAGAGGAGGGGGACGCGAGGACACACCCGCCCGCGCACCGUCGCCUUUGGCCGGUGCACACGGCGAGGAUGCAGCAGCGGCGGCGGCGGCGGCGGCAGCCAACACGAGAUCAAAAGCGGUUUUUAUGCCAAGACAGGAGCGCCGCUUGUCUCCGAGCAGCAGCAGCAGUAACGGAGUCCACUAAGAUGUCGGCAGUCCCCCCCUGAGAGACGCCCGGCCGAUUCUCCGCGACCUGACGCGCUAGCGCACCGCCUCGCCCGGCCGCCUUUUCCCGCCGCCAUGACGGUCGCCACGGGCGACCCGUCCGACGAGGCGGCAGCGCACCCGGGCCACCCGCUGGACUACGACCUGGAGGCGGACCACGAGUGCUGCGAGCGGGUGGUCAUCAACAUCUCUGGCUUGCGCUUCGAGACCCAGCUCAAGACCCUCUCGCAGUUCCCCGAGACGCUGCUGGGCGACCCCAAAAAGAGGAUGCGUUACUUCGACCCGCUGCGGAACGAGUACUUUUUCGACAGGAACAGACCCAGCUUCGACGCCAUUUUGUACUACUACCAGUCGGGCGGGCGGCUGAGGAGGCCCGUGAAUGUCACGCUGGACAUCUUCUCCGAGGAGAUCCGCUUCUACGAGCUGGGCGACGAGGCUAUCGAGAUUUUCCGCGAGGACGAGGGCUUCAUCAAGGAGGAGGAGCGCCCUCUCCCCGACAACGAGUUUCAGAGACAGGUGUGGCUGCUGUUCGAGUAUCCCGAGAGCUCAGGUCCGGCCCGGAUUAUCGCCAUCAUCUCCGUCAUGGUCAUCCUCAUCUCCAUCGUCAGUUUCUGCCUGGAGACGCUCCCCAUAUUCCGCAACGACGAGGACGACAUGCACAAGUCUCACGCUGAGUUCUUUUCCCCCGAGACCAACACCACGGUCAUCAGGUACACGUCCACCUACUUCACAGACCCCUUCUUCAUCCUGGAGACGCUGUGCAUCAUUUGGUUCUCCUUUGAGUUCCUGGUGCGCUUCUUUGCCUGCCCCAGCAAAGCGGGCUUCUUCGGCAACCUCAUGAACAUCAUUGACAUCGUGGCCAUCAUCCCGUAUUUCAUCACGCUCGGCACAGAACUGGCGGACAGUCCGGACGACGGCCAAGCCGGUCAACAGGCCAUGUCUUUAGCCAUCCUCAGGGUGAUCCGACUGGUGCGAGUCUUCCGCAUUUUCAAGCUCUCACGCCACUCCAAGGGACUCCAGAUCCUGGGCCAGACCCUCAAGGCCAGCAUGAGAGAGCUGGGACUACUCAUCUUCUUCCUCUUCAUCGGCGUCAUCCUCUUCUCCAGCGCCGUGUACUUUGCCGAGGCCGACGAGCGACAGUCCCAGUUCGAGAGCAUCCCGGACGCCUUCUGGUGGGCCGUGGUGUCCAUGACCACGGUGGGCUACGGCGACAUGGUGCCCACCACCAUCGGCGGCAAAAUUGUGGGUUCCUUGUGCGCCAUCGCCGGCGUCUUGACCAUCGCCCUGCCCGUUCCCGUCAUCGUCUCCAACUUCAACUACUUCUACCACCGCGAAACGGAAGGGGAGGAGCAGGCGCAGUACCUCCAGGUCAACGCGCCCAAGAGCGAGUCGGGCGAGGAGCUGAAGAAGAGCCGCAGUGGAUCCACCAUCAGCAAGUCGGACUACAUGGAGAUCCAGGAGGCGGUCAACAACAGCAACGAGGACUUCCGCCGGGAGAACCUCAAGACGGCCAACUGCACGCUAGCCAACACAAACUACGUCAACAUCACCAAGAUGCUCACAGAUGUGUAGCCUGGCGCGCAAAUCGCUGGGAAAAAAAAUUAAUACUGAGGCAAUAGAAUUCAGGAACGAGAUGCUCUUCACGCCACGCUUCACUCCUGCCCUUAAAGCUGUUAAACGGAGCCAGAUUGUUUGCAUUUGCAUGGAGUUUUCCGGCUGGAAGGAAAAACUCGAAAUGUCGCGGCGACGCCAACCACAAAUAAGCAAUGAAAAACAAAACAAAAAAAAAA